CCAUCGCGUCGCCUGCUGAACUUCUACACAGCCUACCGGGAAUCUGUACACAGCACAACAUGAGCUUCACCGUUGAAGAAAGAGGAAACCUUAACACCUUGAGCUACAGGGUGUUUUUCAAGAAUUCAGAUGGAAAGUACAUUUCACCAUUCCAUGACAUACCUAUGUGUGCAGAUGAAGCUCAGACAAUUUUCCACAUGGUUGUUGAGGUACCAAGAUGGACAAAUGCAAAAAUGGAGAUUGCUACAAAAGACCCUCUGAACCCAAUUAAGCAAGAUGUAAAGAAGGGAAAUUUGCGCUAUGUGGCUAAUGUUUUCCCACACAAAGGCUACAUUUGGAAUUAUGGAGCAAUUCCUCAAACUUGGGAAGACCCUGGUCACAAAGACAAUGACACAGGGUGUUGUGGUGACAAUGACCCAAUUGAUGUCUGUGAAAUUGGUAGCAAGGUGUGUACUCGUGGAGAUGUUAUCAAAGUGAAAGUCCUGGGUGUUUUAGCAAUGAUUGAUGAAGGCGAAACUGAUUGGAAAGUCAUCGCAAUCAAUGUUGAUGACCCUGAGGCAAAGGACUUGAACAAUAUUAGUGACGUAAGGCGACUUAAGCCAGGCUACCUUGAGGCAACAGUGGACUGGUUUAGGAGGUACAAGGUACCUGAUGGGAAACCUGAAAACCAGUUUGCAUUCAAUGGAGAGUUCAAAGACAAGGAUUUUGCCAUUGAGACAAUCAAAGCCACCCAUGGCUUCUGGAAAGCACUUAUCUCACAACAAACCAAUGCUGGAGAACUAAACUGCAAGAAUACAUGUGUCUCAGGGGGUGAUAGUCCAUUCUGCUGUUCAGCAGAUGAAGCCAAAGGAGUUGUUGAUGGUUCAUGCACGUGUGGAGAUGCCAGUCCAAUUCCUAGCUCAGUUGACAAAUGGUUUUAUUAUGCGAAGAACUGAACAACACAACAUUGUGGAUGGACCCGUCUGAUCACAAGUUUAGAAUAUGCAUGUUAAUAUCUGUGUAGAAUAAUGGAUAUUUUAGAAAAAAAAAAUUUUCUGGGGAUGAAUCUCACAAAACCAUUAUGAAGUGCUAACCAGUGUCUUAAUAAUUUAAGUUUUGUGUUUGGGUAAGCUUGGAUAUUCUGUGUAACAGAUACUAAUGUUAGCAAACAGUCUUGUAAAACUCAGGUACUGUAGGAUUAUGAACAAUUGCUUAAAUAAAGCUUUUCUGAUAUGAUACUGAUUUAUCAAAUACUAAUAUGUUAAAGGUUGACGAAAAUAAAAAUUCUGUCAUUAUUUACUUA